UAAUGGAGACAACACUGAAGAAUUCCGUUCAAGUAAUCUUGGGUUUUCGUAUCGUCCCGUUUCGCUGCAAAAUUCCGAUGCAGCGUACAGAGGUGCUCCUCUGUCAGAAACGUAUCGCAUGUCCAUUGUGGGUUCCGGCUUGAGGAAUCCCAGCAUCAGCGCGAACCUCCUGCCUCCGCCCACGACGCCUGGUAUGGAUACAGAGACUCCAAUGCCAGGGGGAGGCGAGGACGGGUUGUGCGGCAACCCAGCACGAUACAAGCAUUCUACGUUUUCUUUCAGAACGGAGGCAUACAGAGAUUCAGCGGUGCUUUAGUUGAUUUGACCAUUUGGCACUUCCGAGUCAUGUUAGGGCCGCCAGUUUCUAUUGUCAUAUUUUGGGUGGUGUGUUUGUGUUUAUGUUUCUGUGUACAGUAUGACAUCCAGCACAAGUUUAAUCAAUGCUUUGCCUCUGAUAGAG